GACGUCGCCGCUCGCGAGGCCCUCAGGUGGCUUGCCGCGGCCCCUCCUCCCAGAGCGGCAGCCUUUUCCCGCGCGUGGUGCCUUCGGCGCUCGGGCCGCCCGGGGGAAAACAUGGCGUCUGCCCUGGAGCAGUUCGUGAACAGUGUCCGGCAGCUCUCGGCUCAAGGGCAAAUGACACAGCUUUGUGAACUGAUCAACAAGAGUGGGGAACUCCUUGCGAAGAACUUAUCCCAUCUGGACACUGUGCUCGGGGCUCUGGAUGUACAAGAACACUCCUUGGGCGUCCUUGCUGUUUUGUUUGUGAAGUUUUCUAUGCCCAGUGUUCCUGACUUUGAAACGCUAUUCUCACAGGUUCAACUCUUCAUCAGUACUUGUAAUGGGGAGCACAUUCGAUAUGCAACAGACACUUUUGCUGGGCUUUGCCAUCAGCUAACAAAUGCACUUGUGGAAAGAAAACAGCCCCUGCGAGGAAUUGGCAUCCUUAAGCAAGCCAUAGACAAGAUGCAGAUGAAUACAAACCAGCUCACCUCAAUACAUGCUGAUCUCUGCCAGCUUUGUUUGCUAGCAAAAUGCUUUAAGCCUGCCCUUCCAUAUCUUGACGUGGAUAUGAUGGAUAUCUGUAAAGAGAAUGGAGCCUAUGAUGCAAAGCACUUUUUAUGUUACUAUUAUUAUGGAGGAAUGAUCUAUACUGGGCUGAAGAACUUUGAAAGAGCUCUCUACUUUUAUGAACAGGCUAUAACUACUCCUGCCAUGGCGGUCAGUCAUAUCAUGUUAGAAUCAUAUAAAAAGUAUAUUUUAGUGUCUUUGAUAUUACUUGGCAAAGUACAACAGCUACCAAAAUACACAUCUCAAAUUGUGGGUAGAUUCAUUAAGCCUCUUAGCAAUGCAUACCACGAGUUAGCACAAGUGUAUUCAACCAACAACCCCUCAGAACUCCGAAACCUGGUGAAUAAGCACAGUGAAACUUUCACUCGUGAUAACAACAUGGGACUGGUGAAGCAAUGCUUGUCAUCUCUUUAUAAGAAGAAUAUUCAGAGGCUAACAAAGAUAGAAGAUGGUGAGAUUUUUGCAAGUAUUAACCAGAAGGAUGGUAUGGUCAGUUUCCAUGAUAACCCUGAAAAAUAUAAUAACCCGGCCAUGCUUCAUAAUAUUGAUCAGGAGAUGCUGAAAUGCAUAGAGCUGGAUGAGCGGCUGAAAGCCAUGGACCAGGAGAUCACAGUGAACCCUCAGUUUGUACAAAAGAGUAUGGGCUCACAAGAAGAUGAUUCAGGAAACAAACCAUCCAGUUAUUCUUGAAACUAACAUCCAUCCUGAGCUAAACAAGAGAAACUACCAUCUUGGCCAGUGGCAAGUGUUCGGAGGGCAGCAGAGAGGACCAAGCCUGUGUCACCUGGAGACUAAGAAAUUAAGUUUUGUUUUGACAUCUUCAGUCCUAUGUGCUUUCAGAAAACCAUUCUCUCUGCAAAGAAAGGAAACAGAUUUGCAAACUUUAAAGUCUGUCGUGGAUUUAUUUAUCCUCAGAUUAUUGUUAUUGCAUUAAAUCUACCUUUUUGUUUUAAGUUGCUUGAACAUUA